GGAUUUAUUUCUAUGGUGCAAAUCUAAAAGCUAAAAAAGAAAAAGAAAAAAAGAAAAGAAAAGAAAAGAAAAAAAAAAAAAAAAAAGGCUUUCUCUUUCUUUCUCUCUCUGUCGUACAGCUGCUAAUUGUCUGUGUUCUCUGGUUUUGUGUUUCGCCUUCUCCUCUUCCCGGGAAUCGAUACACUCUCAAUAAUCGACGAGGAGGAGGAGGAAGAACAAACAACAACAACAACAACCACAACAUCCUCAACGGAGCCACAUCAAAUAUCACUCACUAACAACACAACACAACAACAGGGGAGCUUUUCUUUCUCACGUUUCGGCCACCGGCCAACAUUUACCGGUGAGUCCUCUCUCCUUUUCUUCUUCCAUGUCUACUAAAUCUUCCUACGCUUUCUUUCCACGCCACCCUUCUUCUCUACUUCCCUUCACUCAUGCACUCGCUCCAAAUUCCAUUCCAUUCCAUUUCUCUACUUGAUUCUCAACAACUUCCAUCAUCAAUCCUUUCUCUUUUCAUUUUCAACUCUGGCAGACCCUACACAUCAAACCCUACCUUUUCUCCCCUUUUCCAUUUCCAUUUCGCCUAAUCUCGCCAACCAUCCCUUCGAUUUCAACUCCAGAAGGAAGGGGAAAAGAGCGAUUCGAAGAGUAAAGAUGUUGUGGAUUAUGAGAUUCUCCGGUUUUUUCUCUGCCGCUAUGUUGAUGGUCAUUCUCUCUCCAUCUCUUCAGUCAUUUCCCCCCGCCGAAGCCAUUCGCUCCUCUCACCUUGAGUUCAACCUCCGCCAGUCUGUUCGUCUUUCCGUCUCUGAUUCACCCACUCGGUUUCUCUUCCGUAGGUCGCCGUUGUAUCGCAAUGCUGAGCAUUGUAGUCCAAGAGACUUCAAAUUUUCGGGUAGAUUUGGUGUUUGUGAUCCCAGUUUGGUUCAUGUUGCGAUUACGCUUGAUGUUGAGUACCUUCGUGGUUCAAUUGCGGCUGUGAAUUCGAUUCUGCAGCAUUCCCUCUGUCCGGAGAGCGUCUUCUUUCAUUUUCUUGUUUCUGAGACGAAUCUCGAAGCCGUUGUUAGAUCCGCUUUUCCUCAGUUGAAAUUCAAGGUCUAUUACUUUAAUCCGGCCAUUGUUCAGAAUCUGAUUUCCACUUCGGUGCGGCAAGCGCUCGAACAGCCGCUUAAUUAUGCGAGGAACUACUUGGCGGAGUUAUUGGAGCCCUGUGUUCGGAGAGUUAUUUAUUUGGAUUCCGAUCUCGUUGUUGUUGAUGAUAUCUCGAAGCUUUGGAGUACUAAUUUGGGUUCUAGAACCAUCGGGGCACCGGAAUACUGUCACGCCAACUUCACCAAGUAUUUCACCUCACGGUUUUGGUUGGAGAAGCGGUUUUCCGGCACAUUUCUUGGCCGGAAGCCCUGUUACUUCAACACUGGUGUUAUGGUUAUAGAUCUCGUUAAGUGGCGACGGGCCGGCUACACGAAACGGAUCGAACGGUGGAUGGAGAUUCAGAAAAACGAUCGGAUCUACGAGCUCGGUUCCCUUCCGCCGUUCCUUCUCGUGUUCGCUGGUGAUGUAUCUCCCAUUGAACACCGGUGGAACCAGCACGGCCUCGGCGGCGACAAUGUGAAAGGCAGCUGCCGGAACCUCCACGCCGGUCCGGUUAGCCUUCUUCACUGGUCAGGAAGUGGAAAGCCAUGGAUGAGGCUAGACUCGAAGAAACCCUGCCCUCUGGAUUCCCUCUGGGCUCCAUACGACUUGUACGGCCACUCUCACUGAAGCACCGUCGCCGGUAAGAAAAGAAAAAAGACGAGAAAAAAAAAAAAAAGCCCUCCACAUCCUUCCCCUUCUUCUUCCCCCAAGGACUGUUUUGUCUCCUAAUUUAGUCCUUCAAAAUUCCCCAUUCUUUCUUCCUCCUCCAUUAAUUCAUAUUUUCUUUACAUAUUUUCAUUUAUUUUCUGGGGGAUUAUUGACUCUUCAUCAUCAUCAAAUCAUCUUUCUUCCUUUUUUUUUUCUUCUUAGACCAUUUGUAUUUUAUAUUCUACCCCAUUAUUAUCAUCGUCAUCAUCAUCAUUCCUUGUUCUGAAAAUAAGAAAUAGAAUGAAUAGCCAAUUUUUUUUUUUUUUAAAAAUAACUUGUUGUAUAGACUCCCAUGGAUUUGUUUGUUUUUUUCUUUUUCCUUUCCAUUUUCCUUUUCUAUCUAUAGAUGGUCUGUUUUUAUUGUUUGAUCUUUGUAUUUGAUUUUGGAAUUAAUGCCAUUGUAGUUUCUUCCUUUUUGCAUAGAUUUUGUACUCUCCCUGCUUUUCAGAUAUUAGAUUGUUUUUCUGAUCAAACCUCCCUUGAUUCACCAUUUCAGGAAACAUAAUUUUACUUCCUCUCUUAUCCUCAUCCUCAUCAUAACACUUGUAUUUCAUACUUAAUUCAUUCCCAUUGACCUAACAAAAUUAAAAAAAAAAAAAAAGAAAAAAAAAAAAAAAAAGAA